GGAUUUUGCGCCGAAUUCAUUAUGGAGGAAGGUUGUUACAAUUAGCUAUUUGGAACAACAUUUAUAAGGGAACAGCACUGUUUUCAAUUAGAACCUCAUCAGGUUUUACUCUAAUAUAUAUGUUGUUCUAAAUCACAAUAUGGGAAUGUUUCGAAACUAGCUAUUCUCCACAAAAGUCUGGUUCAAAACUGAAUACGUAAACUUGUUCUAAUUAAAUAAAUUACAUUGUCAGUAUGGGGUUGUAGUUAUUGUUGAGUUUUUGAUUGAGACCAUGAAUCGACCAACGUUAAAUCACCAAUGAAAAACUGGAAGCACUGAACGGCCGUUUUGUCUUAGUAUGAGACUUCUCAGCAGUGUGCAUCCACUAUCGUACUCGCGGGAUCCGAACCCAGGACCUUUGGUUUCUCAUGGGGACGCUUGAUCUCUAGAUUACUGAGCUGGCAUCCAACUGUGUUAAUGUCUGAUUUCAACCAAUCCACGAUAUUGCGCGACCAUCUUCCAUUGCCUUUGGUGGAUAACUGCCUCAUACCCGACACGGGUUAGCUCCAUUAGUCACGGUUUCUCACUAGAACUCCGAGAAUUUCCGCUCGAAGCUAGUCACUAGUGAGCACAUGGUGGUCUAACAUUGGUCGACUCAUGAUCUCAAUCAAGUUACGUUUCUUUGGUUUUAAUUGGCGAAUUUCUAAUAAACUCACGUUGAAAUUAGUAUUUUCGAACAUAUUUUGUCUGCUUUUGAAAAGUAGUGUUUCACUCCAGAAAUUAGUCGGUGAACUUUGAAUUUCACGGGAUACAACCUGAGAGCAUGUAUUCUUUGAUUUGUUAUAUUGAGAACUACAGUUACAGGUAUAAUUAGAAUUUACCACUGGUACGGAUUGACAGAUGGUUCUAAGAGAAGUACUCAUCCACGUUAAUAGCCACUGAAUAAGACCGGGUGACUGGGAAACUUUUAGUAGCAUUACAAUCUUUUUUGUCUUACUCAAACUCUCUUAAAUAGUUGCAUGGCAUCCUGAAUGUUAACUCUAAAAAUAUUAAUUGACGUGUUACAAUUAUUUUGUAUCAGAAUCCACAGUAUUUUAAUCGGUAAUCCUUAUCUACUGUCCCAUUUCCAGUAGUUCGGCUAAGAGUUCUCACGGUGGUAGGCGUAAACAUAAGAAAUCUCGAACUUCGAGGCAGCCAAUGAAUGAAUCCCAAGAAACUCAAGAGAGUGGAGAUCGUAAAGUGUCUUCAGUUCAACCAAAUGUACAAGAAUCCCAAGAAACUCAAGAGAGUGGAGAUCGUAAAGUGUCUUCAGUUCAACCAAAUGUACAAGAGGCUCCUGUUUCAUCGUUGUUUGGUGAUGAAUCUUCUGCAAUUGAUGUUCCUUCGACGUCAAAACUAACAAGUUCACCUUCCAAACCCGCGAGACAGAAAAAGAAGCAUCCAAAAGUAAUAGAAACUGUUCAUCUUUCUGAGGAUUUCUCUAAAAUGAAUAUCAAAAGACUUUCAAUACCUAAUCGACCGGAUGGAGGGGGACAUUCGGGCAAAGAAAUGUAUGUGACUGUUAAUUGUUGGGAUUUUUCGAUAAAGCCCAAAAUUGUUUACAUGUAUCGAGCAGAAGCUCUCGCUGUAUAUCGUGGUGAUGAAGGAAACAGGACUGAAAUACGAAUGUCUGCUAAGGAUAAACGUGCUCUAAUUAAACAGGUGGCUGAUAGUUUACACGACUGUAUAAUUUACGAUGGUGGCCAUGACAUAUACUCGGCAGAUCGUUUGCCAGGGAUCGGAAAAGUUCCUACUGAGACAGAAAUGAAAAUUGUUGAUCCACUUGGUCGAGAUAAUCUUAUUCUAAAAUAUCACUUGAUGGAAGUACAGACGGUGUCAACUGACGAUGUACAACAAUACGUAGAAAACCCAAAAGCAACAUCGUUAAACAUUCCCCAAGAAUCCAUAAGAUUGUUAGAUUGUAUAUUAAGAACUGUGUCGAAGCAGUCGUUAAUAUCUCUUGGAAGAUCUGCUUUAUUUUACGAAAAGCCAGUGAAAGUCGUUGCAGAUAAGCUACUGAGUAUCCACAGAGGUUUUAUCGCUAGCAUUAGACCUCAAUGGAAGGUCCGUAUGAAUAUAGACAUGACCUACAAGGCUUUUUUCACAGCUGGUAACCUAGCAGAUGUUAUGUACGAAAAGUAUGGAGACAACAUGUACAGAUGUAGCUCACAAAUGGCUAACGAUUUAAGAAGAAUACGUGUUGAGACUGACAAGUUUUACAAAAGUGACAAUGGACAUGUGUAUUCUAGACGUUUCACCGUGCAUGGAAUAUCUUCUGUGCCAGCCGACAAGCUUAUGAUCGAGGAGAGAAAGCAGUCUGUUGCUGCGUACUUUGAUGAACAUCACCAUAUUAAGUUAAAAUAUCCUGAUCUUCCGUGCAUAAAGGUUGAUCAAAAACGAGAGGUUUAUAUGCCAAUGGAAUUACUAAAUAUUCUUCCUUUUCAAGCACCUAACGCGAGCAAGGCUGAUGUGGCUAGUGAGGUUAUCCGUUGUGCAGCAGUACGUCCUCAAGAACGUUUUCGAGAACUUAUGGAUUUCACUAAUUCGAUUUCAAAGGCACAUCGACUAUUCCAGUUGUUUCAAGUAAAGAUAGCAGACAAACCUGUAGAUGUAAAGUCACGUGUACUCCAGCCACCUAAAGCAGUUUUUAAUCGUCCAGAUAAAAUCCAACUGAAGGCUGGAAGUUGGAAUACUCCAGAUUUUCAUGAACCGGCUAAACGUGGUGUUGCAAUUCCAUGGGGAAUACUUUGUGUUCCAAACAACCCACGAUCUAGAGGCGAUGUGGAAAAAGUCACAGACGAAUUACCGAAGGCCGCUAACCGUUUCGGUGUUUCCUUCAGCAAUAAACCAUUUAUAUCACAAUGCUCCCUUAACCAACUUGAAAAAAAGUUUGAGGAAUUUCAUCGACAAGGUUGUAACUUCAUUCUGUUGAUUCUGUACGAUGAUUUGGCUUACGGAACAAUCAAACGUUUAAGUGAUUUGAGAAUGGGUAUCCGCACACAAUGUGUUCGUGGUAGCACUCUACGCAAACCUAAUGUGUUUCCCAACCUAUUAUUGAAACUCAAUGGGAAACUUGGUGGUGUUAAUUGGAUUGUCCCAGAUCUUAUCGAGAACAGUCAGGAUUUAAUAAUGGUUUUCGGUGCUGAUGUUACUCAUCCAGCACCGACACAAUCUCAUCAGGUUCUCAAGUCAGUUGCUGCUGUUGUUGGAUCUGUCAGUCCUGAGUUAAUGCGAUACGGGGCUGUAGUUAGACAACAAGCAACUACUGAGCGAGGAAACAAAACAACAAGAGAAAUUAUUGAUAACUUGCAUCUGUCAGUUGGAGAACUGCUCACGCUGUAUUUGCGGAAUACGAAGGGACGUUUUCCUAAACGUAUUAUAUUCUAUCGCGACGGUGUCUCAGAGGGUCAGUUUGAAAAUGUUUUGGUCGAGGAGUUGUCUGCCAUUCAAAAAGCUUGCACUGAUAUUCGUCCUGGUGAAGAACCUGCUAUUACAUUUAUCGUUGUCCAGAAGCGACACCAUAUCCGUUUCAAACCACAUGAUCCCAGGUCACGGAAUGUGGAACCAGGGACUGUCGUGGAUACAGAUAUUACUCAUCGUAGAGAGUUCGAUUUCUAUAUUUGUUCUCAUGAAGGGAUUCAGGGAACAUCAAAACCGUCCCACUAUCAUGUAUUAUAUGAUGACAGUAACUUUACAUCGGACGCUCUUCAAAUGUUUACGUACCACUUAUGUUAUGCUUAUAUGCGGUGCUCUCGUAGUGUCUCUUACCCUGCUCCGGUGUAUUAUUCUCAUUUAGCUGCGUUUCGUGCACGAGAUUGGCUAUCAAACACGAACGAAGCAAGUGUUUUGCUUGAUGGUUAUGAUCGCUUCAAAGUUCACAUAUCACAAACUGAUGGGAUGUUUUUCUUGUAAAGUUUCGUUAAUUUAUUAUUUCGGAGAAAACUUUCUAUUUUAAUAUAGACCAUUACGUUUAAUAAACAAAUUAACGAUAAAUAUAAUUGUACAGUUCUUGUUAAUGAAGUCGUCGAAAAGGAAAUUUUCCCCGUUAAAUUCUCUUAUUUAUUCAUUUCAUCAUUUAUUCGAAAUAAAUUGCAUUUAUAAUGG